AUGGAUCAAUUGACAAGUCUUUUCGCAAGAAAGAACAAUGGACGAGCAGAACAGACGAUUAGAAAUGUGUAUGCCAAUGACACGGAGCGCAAUAAGCACUUCCAAAGCAAUGUCAUAUGUAAUACAAAGUACACUUUGAUCAACUUUUUGCCAAAGAAUCUGUACGAGCAGUUCUCGAGACCAAUGAACAUAUACUUUCUGUUCAUCGCAAUACUCCAACUGUUUCCAGAAAUCACGCCAGUCAACCCAUUGUCCACCUGGGGCGCACUGGUCUUCAUCUUUGCCGUGUCGGCCAUCAAGGAGGUGUUUGACGAUUUGAACAGGCGGCGCAGAGACUCCGAGGCCAACAGCCGGCUCUACAGCGUGGUGCGCGAGUCAGCCACACAACAGGUGCGCAGCAGCGAGAUUAGAGUGGGCGACAUUGUAUACCUCACGGGCGAUCGCGAGAUACCCUCCGACCUUCUGAUCCUGGCCACGUCCAACGAGGACGGCAGCUGCUACAUUCAGACGGCCAACUUGGACGGCGAGACUGAUUUGAAGAGCCGCAUGGCGCCAGCUGAGACGCGUGGAUACUCAAUGAGCGAUCUGUCCAAGUUCAGAGGCGUGGUCGAGUGUCCAGGACCAAACUCAAACAUCUACAGUCUGGACGCCCGCAUGUCUGUCGUGGCCAGUCGACGAGUAAACACGUACACACAAUCAGACUGGGUCGUGUUGGACACCAACAACUUUGUACUGCAGGCCACUCAACUACGCAACACUGAUCACAUGUAUGGCCUGUGUGUAUACUCUGGCAAUGAGACCAAGAUGGGUCAGAACAAGAAAGGUCCGCCCACCAAAUGGACCAAGUUGGAUCACGCCAUCAAUCGAGUCACAAUCAUCAUCUUCACAUUCCAACUUCUUCUCGUGGUCAUUUUUGGAGCGAUUGGCGAGUCAGUGCGUCACAACGAUAUCCAUUCACUCUGGUAUCUUGGCUACUCCAGCACCUACAAAUCACCAUGGUACGAGUUUAUCAUCAUCCCCCUUCGAUUCCUCUUGCUCAACUCAAUGAUGAUACCAGUCUCGCUAAAGGUCACAAUCGAUGUGAUCAAGUACUGCUAUGCAUUGUUUAUCAAUUGGGACAUCAAUAUGUAUAAUGCCAACACUGAUCAGGCUGCCGUGGCCAAUAGCACAGCACUGAGCGAGGAUUUGGGACAGGUAGAGCAUUUGUUCACCGACAAGACUGGCACACUGACAGAGAAUAUAAUGUUGCUUAAGCGAUGCUCGAUUGACAGUCGACUACAUACAUCAAUGGAGGAUGGACAGCUGUUGGGCGAGUUGAAGGCUGGACAUCAGCCAACACUGGACUUCUUUACAUCCCUGGCACUGUGUCAUUCUGUCUUCCCAUCGACUGAUCACGAUGGCAAGCUAUUACUCAGGGCAUCAUCACCUGAUGAAGAGGCAUUGGUCAAGGCUGCCGCAGCACUCAACAUCACAUUCACAACAAGAUCAUCAUCUCGUGUCACAGUCGAUAUCCAAGGACAAGAGCAUCAAUACACGCCACUACACACAUUCGAGUUCACAUCAGAGAGGAAGCGAAUGAGUGUCGUGCUACGCGACCAACAAACUGGACAAAUCAAGCUGAUCACCAAGGGUGCGGACGAUGCUAUCAUCCCGCGACUGACCGACAAGAAGCCAGGGGGACACCUCAAUGUCACUAACGCAGAGUCACUGGCACACAUUGAAGAGUUUGCUGCAGAGGGACUGCGUACGCUAUGCAUCAGUUCGCGAGUCAUUAGUGAGCAAGAGUACCAAAGCUGGCACUCAUCACGCUUCCAACCUGCCAGCAUGUCAAUUGAGAACAGACAGCAGAUGCUAUUUGAUGCAUAUGAGCGCUUGGAGAGAGACUUGGUGCUGCUGGGAAUCACAGCCAUCGAGGAUAGACUGCAGCCGUUCGUGCCCGAGACGAUCUCAAGUCUGCGACAGGCCAAUAUCAAGGUGUGGAUGCUCACUGGAGACAAGUACAGUACGGCCAUUCAGAUUGGCCACGCAUGCAACCUCAUUGAGAAGGACUGCAAGGUGUACACCAUUGGCACACCUGGACAACAGGACGUCGCGGCAAAGGACAUCUUGAAUUCAAUCAGGCAGAUUGAGGAGGACUUGCUGGUGUACCAACAAAGCUACCAGACUGACGGAACUUCACACGAGAGACCCAAGGCGACCAUUGUGAUCGAGGGUCAUACACUACACACAGCUCUCAUUCAUGUUAAGCGCGAGCUAUUGGCCUUGGCAGAUCUAUCUACAUCAGUAAUAUGUUGUAGAGUGACACCUGAGCAGAAGGCACAGGUUGUGCGCAUGGUAAAGGACACUGGCAAGGUGUGUCUAUCCAUUGGAGAUGGAGGCAAUGAUGUAUCCAUGAUCCAAGAGGCCAACAUUGGUGUUGGUAUCAGUGGACGAGAAGGUCUUCAAGCUGCACGUGCAGCAGACUACAGCAUAUCAAGGUUCAAGCACCUCCAAGAGUUACUGUUUGUACAUGGACGAUACUCAUACCUCAGGACUAGCUUCGUGGCCAACUAUAGCUUCUACAAGUCGCUGUGUAUAUGCUUCAUUCAGAUACUAUAUCAGUUCUUCAGUGGCUAUGCAGGCUCAUCAUUCUUCAACACAUUCUCUUUGACAGCCUACAACAUCCUGUUCACAGGCCUGCCUGUGAUGGGCUACAUCCUGGACAAGGAUCUACCUGCGAGUGUCGUGCGACUCAACCCAUUCCUCUAUUCUAUCUCCCAGGAGAGCACGGCAUUCAACUGGCAAUCAAUCACACGAUGGGGCUUCCGUGCAGCCUUCCAGUCCAUCCUAAUAUUCGCGGCCACUGCCGGUCCCUUUGCCUUCACACAAGGAUCCACCAUUGACUACGGUUCAUUCUCAAUGGUAUCAUUCACCGCGCUCAUUCUCCUCCAAUCACUCACUCUAUUCUUUGAAUCACAUACCAUCACAUGGAUCAAUCAUGCAUUGAUCUGGGGAACUAUCCCAUUGUAUAUACUAUGUUUGAUCGUACUCAAUGCCGCGCCAACUAUGGACACAUACUCAGUCAUGACUCACUUGGUCGACACUGCCAGCUUCUGGACAUCACUGGUCCUCGCGCUGGCCAUCUGUGUGUUGCCAUCGAUCGCACUGGAUCACCUGCUACAGAUCAUCAGACCCACAACCGUCGAGUUGGUCAAUCAGAUUCGUUGCCAACGACGUGCAUUCAAUCAAAAGGAUCGUCUAUUACAGUAUGGCGACAACAACUCCAGCCUGAACUCAUUCAAUCCUCUUGAAGCUGGCUGUGUCAAGCUGGUGCUUUGCCAGCCAGGUACAGACAUGAAGCCCACCGACCUCAUACUCGUGGACGAGGACUCCUAUGAUGCAGUGAGCGAUGAUGGCGACAUCACUCCAGCAGGUAAGCGGUCACUAUCAUUCAGUGACACUGAUCCUCUGUUACCAUAA